CUGCGGCUCGAAAGGUCGUGUCGUGUCCGAGCAGCAUUGCGCAAUAUGAAGUUUUAAAUGUUUCGUAAAUGUUUACGAUUUUAACCUUCUUCGCUAAACAAUACAUAGUUUUUUCUUUCGUUGAUUUGCUUACCUACAUUUAUUUGGAUAUUGAAUAAGAUGGAUUGGAGGUCGCGCGUCUUCUUGUUCCUGAUGUUUAUUAGCGUCGCCAUCUCUGACAAUGAGGGUAACACAACGGAACCGAGUGUAACAGAUCAUCUGCAUGAGCAAACACAGUUACCCAACACAAUCAAUGAGUUCGGUUUGAAAUUGCUGACUGAGGAGAUGAAACGGAACUCGGACACAAACAUUGUAAUGUCCCCUACUGGUAUCGCAGGUCUCCUCUCGAUGGCGCUUCUGGGUAGCGCUGGCAACACGUACACGGAGCUGGCAACGGCGCUCGGGUUUUCCCAAGAUAUUCUCCGAAACCGCGCGCACCACGAACAGUUCGGCUCGCUACUGCAUCUCCUGAGUAACUCAACUACAUACGCGGACGCCAUAUUGGUCGAGCCGCGUGCGCGCAUCCGACCGCUGUACAAGGAGUUCCUUCAACGCGUGUACCGAGGCGACGCGCGCGCUGUGGAGUUUACCAACGCGCCCUUGGCUAGAGACACCGUCAAUGAAUGGAUCAAAAACCACACAAAGGGGAAAAUAGAAGAAUUUCUGAAAGAACCCCUCCCAGUCGAGACGAAGGUCGCAUUGCUGAGCGCGCUCUACUUCAGCGCACAAUGGACUCAUCCCUUCUUGCCGGAACACACGAGGAAGAUGGCGUUCAAGACUCCCACAGGCGACGUUGUGGCCGAUAUGAUGUUGAACUUCGGACAGUUCCAAUACACAUAUUCAGCCGAAGACGGCGUCCAAAUGAUAGCUUUACCCUACAAAGACAACACAACCACAAUGUACGUGUUGAAACCACUCAAAAAGCUUACCCUACCAGAGCUCCUGAACCGCCUGAACUACUCCAGGAUCGACCAGCUCAUCUCCAACAUGACCAAUGACAGAGCAGUCAUCAGAUUCCCAAAAAUGGACCUUAAGAACUCAAUCCAUUUAGAAGACAGCCUUAAAUCCAUAGGGCUAAGUGCGAUGUUCUCUCCGACUGCGAAUUUCGCUCUUAUGAUAGAUACGGAUAGGGAUGAUUCUAAUGAGGAGUUGCUGACGAGGAUAAUUUUUGAGGAUAAGUCCCAGCAUAUAAAAGAUGCGGUGAACGCGCUGCCGAAUCCGGGGGUACAUGUGGACACGGUGCUGCAUGAAGUUAGGAUCACUAUAGAUGAAUACGGCACGGAGGCGGUGGCGGCCUCUGGCGGGUUCCUGGCCCGCACGGCGCAGCAGUUCUACGUGGACUCCCCCUUCUACAUGUUCAUCAGGGACGAGAGCACCAAACUAGUCACCUUCAGUGCUGCCAUCUUUAAUCCUACUCUGUAAUCUAUUGGCACCAGUAAUG